CUACCAUGUGUACAGGGAAGUGUUCAAAGUGCAUUGGGAUCACCCUGUUCCCACUGGCAGCGUGUGCCAUAGUCUGCAACAUCCUCCUGUACUUCCCCAAUGGACAAGUUCUGCAGCUCAGUGAGAUAACCGAUCUGGUCUGGUUUUUCCAUGGCAUUCUGGGAGCUGGGAUACUGGUUAUUUUACCAGCAUUCAUGAUGCUGGGAGCAGGCGGAGCAGGAUGUUGCGCUAACAGAUGUGGGAUGCUGCUGUCAGUGGUCCUGGCUGUGCUGGGAUUUGCCGGAGGAGCAUAUUGUGUGGUCAUCUCCUCACUGGGGCUGAUUGGGGGCCCUCUGUGUGACACAGGUGAUGGAGAAUACCUCUAUCCUUUCAGGAAUGACACUCUGGAAGGCAAUUAUUUGUUCAAUCAGACAACAUGGAGCAUUUGCAAAGAACCUGAAAACAUCAUCCUUUGGAAUAUCACCCUUUUCUCUAUUCUCCUGGCCAUUGGUGUGAUUGAAGCUAUUCUUUGUUUUAUUCAAGUCAUCAACGGACUCACUGGCUUCAUAUGUGGCACAUGUAUGAGGAAAAGAAAGACAAAUAUUUCUGGAAUGUGAAUGAUCUACAGGGAAUGACAAGACAAGCAGUGAGCUGC